GGCGCGACGUGGGCCAUGGUGCAGCUCCGGCCGCGCGCGUCCCGCACCCCGGCGUCGGCGUCGGCGAUGGUGGACGAGGGCCAGCCCGCCUCGGAGGAGGAGGCGGAGCACGGCCUGUUGCUCGGGCAGCCCAGCAGCGGCGCCGCCGCCGAGCCGCUGGAGGACGACGAGGAAGGGGACGACGAGUUGGACGACGAGGCCCCGGAGGAACUGACUUUCGCCAGCGCGCAGGCGGAAGCGAGAGAAGAGGAGCGGCGAGUUCGAGAGACCGUGCGCAGGGAUAAAACACUCCUGAAGGAGAAGAGGAGGCGCCGCGAGGAGCUGUUCAUCGAACAGAAGAAAAGGAAACUCCUUCCAGACACUAUUCUAGAGAAGUUAACUACAGCUUCACAGACAAACAUAAAGAAAUCACCAGGAAAGUUAAAAGAAGUUAAUUUGCAGAAGAAAAUUGAAGAAUGUGAAAAAGGAAGUGACUCCAAGAAAGCUAAAGUACAAAAAGUACAGUCUGUUGGCCAGAAUAAAAGCUACUUGGCCCUAAGGCUGAAAGAUCAAGACCUGAGAGAUUCAAGGCAACAAGCUGCCAGAGCCUUCAUACAAAAUUCUUUAUAUGGUCCAGGAACCAACAGAACUACUGUAAAUAAGUUCCUGUCUCUUGACAAUAAGAGGUUACCAAAGAAAAAGGCUGCAGCCCAGUUUUUGAAUAAUGGUUGGGGAACCCAGAAAAAACAAAAUGCCAAGAGGUUUAAAAGACGGUGGAUGGUCAGAAAGAUGAAAACUUCGAAGAAGUAAAUCAAGGCUAAAUGAAGGAUGAGAGCUUUGUAUGUAUAGAACUCAGUUAUUUAGUUUAGAAGAUUAAUUUGUCUUAAAAAAAUCCAAUAAAUCAUUUAUAAAUAAUUUUAAAAGGUCAUUACAAGUCCUCUGUUUGGGGAAGUACCCAUCACAUUUCAUCCUUCUGGAAUACAAUUGCACCUUUAGUCUUUGAGGGUCCAGGAAGAAAUAGAGCAGUUUAAAAGGAAUUGUUUUCAUUUAUUCUUAUAAGUAUUGAUCCAUUUAAUUGAAUAUAAACACCACCAGUAAUAAUACCUCUUCUACCCCUCCCCAUCCCAUAGGGUGGGUAUAUGGCAGGGAGGAGGAGAAAUGAGCAUCCAGGAAGUCUUUUCAACUGCAGUUGUCAGAUGCCCUACUCUCUCAGAUGCUUUGAUGCUACGAUGCUACUGAGCAUUUGCUUCACAAGAUAUGGAAUGAGGAAGAGAAGUAGCUGUAAAAGUACAAUAUCGAAAUGUAGAUAAAUACCUACUUUUCUUAAAGAAGGUUCAAGCUUCAGUGUACAAAAUAAUGGUCAACCAAAGGAUAUGGUCAUCAUCUUGAACAACUUGUUUUAACUGUACUUUUAACUGGUUUGGGGGUCUGUUUUACUGGCAAGUAACAUGCCUUAUUGUGAUUAUGAAAGUAAGAGAUUAAUUCCUCUUCUUUCUGUGUCACAGUAUCAGGUUUGACCUUAAUACAGGGAGGCUUGUAAAUCGAACACAGUUUUAGGUUGUGGAAUUCAGAUUUAUAGUAAAAGUCAUUCAUUUUAAUUACUCUAAUUGUAUAUUAAUCAUAAAUA